UUCGUCUGAUUCUUUUUAGGUAAUAUUUACAUAUUUAUGAUAUCUUAACGUAAUAAUUAAAUUCAUAAUUAAUAACAAUGUAUUAUGAAUAAUGUGUUCAGAAGAUGAGCAAAAUAAAUUCUGAUAACAGAGGAAAGUUAGAUGUGAACCAUGUAGCUGGUUCAAAGUCAUUUGUACGACUUUGUCACGACAUGGUAAGAAAGUACUGGUAAUUAUUACGUUUAUAUAUUCUUUCCAUGCAUUUAUAUCAACUCUAUUGUCUUUUCGAUUGCGCAGCGAGAUUCUGUCACUGGCCAGGAGCCUAGACCAGUAGACUUCUAAAAAGGGAUCACUGUCGACAGGCGACGGGAUCUUGGGUACAUCCUAGAGCCAGCGAGAUUUGGGAGGAGAUGGACACCUUACGCAGUCAGCCCACUCUUGAUGAUACUCAGCGGAGUAAGCCAGAGAUCCUGAGUCAGGUGCUUGGCACCCGUUCUGGAUAUGUGUGUGGGUUUGGCCAUGAUGCCAAGCUCAUGGCACCCGCUAGAGCUACCUCCAGCCGAUCCAUCGUUGUUGGUGAUAGCGUCAUACGCCGAGCUGAUACCGUAAAGAGAGAGGUUCAGCAGCUACGGGUCGUCAUCGAUGACAUCAAAGAUCAGCUGGACAGGCAGAGGGAGGAGCAGGAGAGGAAGAUGAUGGAUCAGCUGGCGAGGCAGAGGGAGGAGCAGGAGAGGAGGAUAGAGGAGGAGCUGGCGAGGAAGAGGGAGGAGCAGGAGACGAGGAUAGAGGAAGAGCUUGCGAGGCAGAGGGAGGAGUAG